CGUGCCCCCAACAAUUCCGUUCUGUCUGGCCAUUGGAGACCCACAACAAUCACAAGCAGGUGGACUGUUUUCUCUCACGUUGAAGCCUUUCUCUCUCUCCGUGUUAUGGGUGGGUGGUGAUCUGAUAUUCUUGCGUUGGAAUCGAGAGAUGUUGGUCGGAGGUAAUUGAGGGAGAGAGAGAGAGAGAGAGAGAGAGAGAGAGAGAGAGAGGAAGGUGGGAAAGAGAGAUGUCGAACCGCAUGAAGGAGGAUGAGAAGAAUGAGAAGAUCAUUCGUGGCCUCUUGAAGCUCCCGGCGAAUCGUAAAUGCAUCAAUUGCAAUAGCCUGGGGCCGCAGUAUGUCUGCACAAGUUUUUGGACAUUUAUUUGCACGACAUGCAGUGGAAUUCACCGUGAGUUUACUCAUCGCGUGAAGUCAGUUUCCAUGGCAAAGUUUUCUCCGCAAGAAGUCGAGGCACUUCAGAAUGGUGGAAAUGAGCGAGCAAAGGAGAUUUACUUUAAAGAAUGGGAUCCACAGCGCCAUUCAGCGCCUGAUGGCAGUAAUGUUGAUGGGGUUCGCACCUUCAUUAAAUCUGUCUAUGUGGAUAGAAAAUACAGUGGUGAAAGGGGAGUUGAUCGGCUUGGAAGGGGAGACAGGAAGGACUCAAAGGAAAACAACUACGGUCCUCGUCACAGUGGAGGAAUGAGUCCUGGUGGGAAAAGGCCUGAACAGACUAAAUAUGAUGAUAGAGGUUAUAGUGGCAGAAACUCUAGGACUAACGUUGAUAGAAGAAGUCUGAGCAAUUAUGAAGAAUCAUACAAGAAAAGUCCACGCCUGUUUGAGGUUGUUGAUGAUAGGUUUCGAGAUGAUAAUUUUCUGAACGGAAAUCAGCAGAAAAAAGGUGAUGACAGAACCUUCGCUAAUAGGCACGCAAAGAGGGAGGAAAGGUCAAACAACAAUCAAAACAAACCAGAUACAUCCAGCCCUCCAAUCGUCCAUCCUAUCAGUGAUCUUUUAGGUGAGGAUGUUCCAUCUCUAUGGGUUGGUGAACCAGCAAAAUCAGAUGCUGCUAGUGCUGCAGAUGAUUCUGCUUGUACACAGAAAGCAGCAAGCUCCACUAGCAUAGGUUCUAAUGAGGGAAAUACAGCUGAACUGAAGAGGGGAAACUCAGGAAGCUUGAUUGAUUUUGCAGAAGAUCCUGAACCUUCUGUGGCAGCAAUACAGAGUGACCCUUUUUCUAGUCAAUCUGUUUCACAGGCACCAGAUGGUUCAUCACUUGGCAGCAGUGAUUGGCUGUCUCUGAACAAUUCUUCGCAGGAAAAUGCAAAUGUGGCAUCUUUAAAUCCAGCUACACCUGCAUCUGUAUUGGCUCAAUUAUCAGUUCAAGCUGCUGAACCAGUUUCAAGCAUCUCUAUGGUCCCCGUUAUUGACAGUGAUUCUUUAGCCCAACCCAGUUCAGGUGAGCAGUUACAAGCUAUCCAGCAGCAGCCAUCUCCAUCCUCUGGUGCUGAUGCUCUAUCCACAAAUAUAAACUUUUCCCAACCAGUUAAAGGUGCUCCAAAUGGCCAGUCCUGGAACUCGGCACUUGUAUCUGAUUCCCAAAUGCUUUUGACUGCACAAACAGUGCAGCCAUCAGAAGUUGCUUCUUUACAAGCUCAAGAAUCUAAAGAAGAAGCACGAGAGUCAAAUGCUGCAGAUGCAAAGAAAGAUGUUAGAAAGGCACUUCCUGAGGAUAUUUUUACACUUUAUGCAGCAGGACCUGUUCCAGUCUUUGGUUGGCAACCUAGACCCCAUAUUGGACUGAAUUUUGGAGGGCAUCAUCCUAAUGCAGUGCCCAUGUCCAUUUUCCCGGAGUCUUCAAGAUCCACGAAUCCAUUUGAUUUUGCUACAGAACCAGCUACAAGUCCAGUCACAACGUUUCCUUCCAUGUCGCCUUUACAAAGGCCAUUACCAACCAUGAACCUUUCCAGCUCUUCUGCACCUAAUCCUCAAUGGAUGCCAUCACAGUCACUGGCUAUUCCAAUGUCUCCAAGUGCAGGUUGUUACAUGGCUCAACAUCCGCCUAGCAGAUUGGAACCUGUGGGUCAAAUGGGCAUGGAAAGCUUUAUCAAUGAUGGGGUGGGUCAGGUUCCUCGUGGCGCUGAUGAUCAGUCCGCAUACGGAGGUCCACUGCAGUCUGUCAUGGAUAAUUUCACAUCUCCUGGGAGAAAUCCUUUUGGAUGAGAAUCCAGAACAAUCAUUUACCAGCCAGUCCUGCCAUAAGGAAUAAACCUUUGGCAAAAGGCAACUAAGAGUGUGCAGAUGAAGUAACUGAUUUUCAUGGAAGACAAGUUCCCAGCAAUUUUAAGUUUCAAGUGUUUGUCCUUUCGGUGCAAUGAAACGAUUUAUGGAACUGGCGUUUGUAUGUACAAUUUCUCUGUAUCAUUCUGUACUUUUCGUGUCGUUCCCUUCACACUCGCUUGUGGGAACUUUUCUGUUUCAGCUUUAUGAUAGCCGUUGUUGUUAAAGUGAAACUUGCUGCAUUCAUGGGGGAUGUCAAUGCUGUUGAAUAUGUCUAAAAAAUAAUGGCUUUAUCUGUAA